AUGAGCCACUCCAAUGUCUACUCCCUGGUCAUAGCUAUCUACUCGAAUAGCUCAUCUUCCCUCUCCGAUUGGCGAUUCGGAGAUAUCGCAGUCGACUAUAUCGACUUUACUCGCGAGAAGAGCGUCGAUAAACCUCCUCCAUUAUCUUUGGUAUCGCCACCAAUGACACCGGCUCGUAAGCGGAAUAUUAUCAUCCCCAGUUCAGCAUCGUCACCUAGAUCCAAUGUGAGACCGCCGUCUGGCUCCAAGAACCAAACGUCAGGACCAGCCUCCAACCCUGACGCGCUCUCGCUUCAACCGCUCGUAGCUCAUUUCCCAGGUCCAAAUCCACUGGGUACUUCGACGGCAUCCGGUAAACAUGCCAUUGGGCGAGGUGUCGUUCAUCUGUUUCGACACGCUCCGUCUCAGACGCUCAUCGAUUCCUUGGAUGCUCAUCCUGUCGGCGAAUCGUCAAGCUCGUCGUCAGCUGGCGAGUGGGAUGGCGUUCGAGCUGAAGGAGAGGAUGGAAGUCUCGUGGCCAUUCUCGCUGUACCUGCCUGGAUGAGACCUGCAGACUUUUUAGAGUUCAUCGGCGGCUGGGCGACCUGUCUAGAGGGUAUGAGGAUGUUCAGGGAAGCUACGACCCCCAAUCGGUCCAUCGUCUUACUCAAGUUUCGUGACCCACUCCAGGCUUCGGAUUUUAUGGUCAUCUUCACUGGCCGACCCUUUUCGACUCUUGAUACGAGAGAAACGUGUCAUCCUAUUCGCAUUCAUCACCUCCUCUUGCAUCAUUUCGACUCCACCACGCCCGUACCUGCCUUUCCCCCUUCCGUUUACUCUUCUCGGUCCAGUCGCCUGCUACCAGGUGUCGAAGGCGCAUACGAGCUUCCAUCCUGUCCGGUGUGCCUCGAGCGACUUGAUUCGACCAUCACGGGCUUAGUGACAUUGCCUUGUGCUCACACGUUCGACUGUGACUGUCUGAGAAAAUGGGGAGAUUCCCGUUGUCCGGUCUGUCGAGUAUCUCAUCUCUUAUUGGCGACAGUGCCAGCUCAAGACAGGAGUCAGAUCACUCGAUUGACCAAUUGUGCGACGUGUGGAGCGACAUCGAACAAUUGGAUAUGCGUCGUCUGUGGCGUCGUGGGGUGUGGGCGAUAUGAUCCGGGGAAAGGACAUGCCAGACGGCAUUGGGAGGAGAGUGGUCAUGUGCUCGCCAUGGAGCUAGACACACAGCGAGUGUGGGAUUAUAAAGGAGACAACUAUGUUCAUCGCUUGAUCCAAUCUCGAAAUGACGGCAAGCUUGUCGAACUUCCCUCGGCCUCGUCUCUCGUGACAUCCAACAUGCCCACAUCACCUCGACACACGUCACAACCUUCCCAUGAUGCUGGUCCCUCAUCUGGAGAUAUGGAGAAAAUGUCAUCUAUCGAAUCUAUCACGCUCGAGUACUCGUACCUCCUCUCAUCCCAAUUGGAAGCCAUGAGGCAGCAUUACGAAUCUGUAGCUCGAGACCAAGCGUCCAAGCUGGACAGCCUGCAGGAGAUCGAGUCCAGAGCUCUAGCAGCCGAGAAAGCAAAAGACGAUGCGAUACAAGCCAAAGAUAAAGCCGAGAAACGAGCUGAAAAGGCCAUGGCACUCAGCAGGACGUUACAGCAAAGUCUAUCUGCCGAGAGAGCCAUGUCGGACGGUCUGACGACUCGAUUGGCAAAACUUCGACAGGACGUCGAAAAGGCUGAAAAGGAACGAUCGGAUAAGGCGGAACAAGUUGAAACAUUGGAAGAGACCGUCAGAGAUCUCAUGUUUAAUCUUGAGGCUGGACUCAAGAUUCAAGCCGCGGGUGGAGGUGAGGAUUCGGGUCAAGGUGGACAAUUGGUCGUGAUUCCGGACAAGGGGAAGCGUGGGGGUCCUGCGAGGCGAUAA